AUGACUCCACCCGUAGGCGAUAAUGGACUUUCAUGUUUAAAUUCAACACUUUCAUCUAUAAAUCCAGUUAAUCAAACAAAUACAAAUAAUAUUGAUGAAUGGCUUUCACUUGAUUCAAAUAAUGGUUUUAUCCGUUUAUAUGAUCCAAACGAUGCAUCAACAUCAUACUCACGUUCAAAACUUGUACCAUGUACAAUGUGGACAACAAUUGAACAAAUAUGUUCAAGAUUAAAUAAUGAUUUAGAUCCACGAACAUGGUAUGUUCAGUAUCAUGGCGAUCGUAUUCGUCAUUUAAGAUCCGAUGAAGCACCCUUAUUUAUUCAACAUAAUUAUCUUCUUUCAAUUGGAUUUUCAAGUGUUCAACGUUUACAACAAGAAGGUGAUAAACAUGAUCUUGGCUAUCUUAUUCGUUUUAUAUCUGAUCAAUUAAUAAUUGAUCCAAAAAUUCAACCUCGAAGUUUAUCAACAAUAGCCUGGAUCCGUAAAGGAAAAUUAAUACGAAAAUGGAUUAAACGAAAAUGUGUUAUAUCAACUAGUCGUUUAACAGUUUAUCCCGAUGCAAAUACAAAUCCAUGUGUUCUUGAAUUACAACGAGCAAAUGUUGAAGAAGUUCAUCUUAAAGAUAAACCAUUUUGUAUUAAAUUAACAGUUGAUGAUGGACGAGGUGGUGCUUUAUUUCUUGCUUUGAAUAAUGAUGAAGAAUAUAGCCGAUGGCUUAAACGUUUACGAAAAACAACAAAUAAAUUGCCUGAUAUUGCUGAUUACUCCUCAAGUCAUCUUGAACUAAUACCAAAAGCUUUAUUUGUUAAUCCAAAAUUAACUGUACUCAAUUUACGACAUAAUAAUUUACUUAUGAGACCAGUGAAUGAAGCAGUUUUUACUGUUGGUUGGCUAGAUGAUUUAACACGUUUUCAACAUUUAAUAAGUUUAAAUUUAGCUGAUAAUGAUUUAAAAAUAUUUCCUAAUCUUAUAUGUCAUCUUCCCCGUCUAAUUGAAUUAAAUCUUGCUAGUAAUUAUAUUGAAUCAAUUCCAUCUGAUAUUAUCAAAUUACAAUCUUUAGAAGUUCUUAAUUUACAAAGUAAUCGUUUAUUAUGUUUACCAAAUGAAAUGGAAUAUCUCAAAAGAUUACGUGAUGUUUAUUUAAGUUUUAAUUUAUUUAAAGAUAUUCCAAUACCAUUAGCACGUUUAACAAAUAUUCGUUAUUCAGAUGUUAAUAAUUUAUGUUUAGCUGGAAAUCAUAUUCGAAAAUUAUCAAAUGAAGUUAUACAACAUCUUGAAUAUUGUCGUCAAUUAGAUUUACGUAUGAAUCAAAUUAAAUAUGAUGAUAAUGAUUUCAUUUUAUUAAAUCAAUUAAUUAAUUUAACACAUAUUGAUAUUUCACAUAAUCAUCGUAUAAAUGAAAUUGAUUUACGUUUAUUAAGUAAACUUGAACAAAUACAUUGUUCAUAUAAUAAUACAUUACGUUUAAUAUUAAAUGGUCAUUCAUUAAAACAAUUAAAUGCUUCACAUAAUAAAUUAAAACAUAUCGAUGUAGUUAAUCCACCGAUGAAUUUAAUUCAAUUGGAUAUAGGCUUCAAUGAAUUCCAAACUCUUCCCGAUUGGUUAAAUGAAGACAAUUCAUCAUUAGAACGACUUAUUGCUGAUCAUAAUCGAAUUAAUGUUUUACCUAAUAAAUUAUUUACAACAAGUAAACGUCUUCAAUAUAUUCGAUUAGAUCAUAAUUGUUUAUUAUAUCUUCCGGAGAAAAUUUCCAAUUGUAAUAUAGAAACACUUUUACUUCAUUGUAAUCAAAUUGAACAUUUACCUACUUGUUUAUUAAAAAAUAUGCAUCGAUUAAAAAUUUUAAAUUUAAGUCAUAAUCAACUUAUAUCAUUACCAUUACCAAAUGAUCGUAGUGAUUUAAAUCGUUUACAAGAACUUUAUUUAUCAUGUAAUGAAUUAGAUGAUGAUGUAUUUGCAAUAAUAUCACGUUAUGAACGAUUAAAAAUUCUUCAUUUAGCUUAUAAUAAAAUUGAACAAAUUGAUGAUACUUCAUUAAGUAAAUUAAAUUCUUUAACAGAUUUAAAUUUAUCAGGAAAUAAUAUUCGAUCAUUACCACAAAAUGCAUUAUCAUCUCUAGAAAAUUUACAAGUAUUAUGUCUUCAUUCAAAUAAACUACGUGCAAUACCUGAUUUACGUCGAUUAAAUUCACUUAAAGUAUUGGAUUUAAGUUUUAAUGCAAUUGAUUCAGCUUCUAUUGAUAAUUUAUUUCCACCAUCAUUAACAAUACUUGAUUUAUCUGGCAAUCAAACAAUUAAUAUUCAACGAGACAGUUUGAGAUCGUUAAGUCAAAAAACUGUUUCUUUAAUAAAUAUAUCUGGAUUAUCAGAUACAUCAUCAGAUACGUCAUUAUGGUCAGUUGGUUUUGCUCAAAGUUCUGGUAGUCGAAAUAGAUUAGCAAUAACAACUGUCAAUGAAGCAUCAUUUAAUUAUUCAACUAAUGAUGCUUUAUUCGCAAUGUUUGAUGGUGGUUUAAAUAAUGAAGUACCACUUAUUCUUAAAAAUAAAUUACCUGAUAUUCUUCAAUAUGAAUAUGGACAAUGUAAUCAAGCAAAUAUUUAUCUUAAACAUACAUUUCUUACAUUACAAAAACGAUUAAAAACAACUGGACAACGUUUAGGUGCAGCAUCAACUGUUAUUCAUAUACGUAGUAUAUCACAAUCGAAUACAAUAAAUUCAAAUAUUUAUUCAUCAAAUACAACAACAACAUCUUCAUCAUCAUCUCAAACAGAAAAUAAUUUUCGUUAUGAAUUAAAUGCAGCUAAUGUUGGUCAUUGUGAAGCUAUACUUUGUCGUUCAUCAAUAAUACAUCCAUUAACACGUCGUUUUACAAUUCCACAUGAUGAAAGUGAAUGUAAACGUGUACGAAAAACAUCAAAUAUAAUUAUUAAUGAAGAUAAUGCAUUAAAUGCAAUAACCUCUCAAACAAGAAUGUUAGGUUGUUCAUUUCUCUAUCCAGCUAUUUUACCAACACCACAUAUAUCAUCAUUUAUUUUAAGUAAAAAUGAUGAAUUUUUUAUUAUUGCAAAUAAUUUAUUAUGGCAGCAUCUUUCGCAUGAAGAAGCUGUACGUGCUGUACGUUCAAUACAUAAUCCUGUACUUGCAUCAAAAAAACUUGUUGAUAUAGCACAAAGUUAUGGUGCAAAAGAAAAUUUAGCAGUAUUAAUUGUUAGAUUUAAUUUUCAAAAAAAAAUUCAUCAUAUAUCAAAUAAUUCUUAUCAACAACAAAGAUUAUCACGUCAACAAACUUAUUCAACGAAUACAAGUUCAGGUGAACAUUCUCCAGUAGCAAGUCCAUUAUUACCAUUAUUAGAUUCAACAGGUUAUUUAAGUGUUGGUGAAUUAAGUGGCGGUGAUGAAGAUGAUUCGAAUGAAGAACAUUAUUCAUCAACUAUACCAACAAAUCCUACCAGUGAUUAUUUUUAUCAUCAAUCUGAUCAAAUAUCAUCAUCAAGUGAAGCUUUAGCAACAUUAAAUGAUUCAACAAGAAAUCGUCUUCUUUCACAUAGUGGUCGAACACGUUUUUUGACUGCAUCACUUAAUGAUACAUCAACCAUAGAUGAUAGGAAAAAUGAAAAAGUCUUUCAAUCUGAUAUGGGAAUGUUUAAUUUUCCUGCAUCAAAUGCUCAACCUAUACGAAUAGUACCAAGUGAUUUAACAAUUGUUAGUGAAAUUCUUUCACCAUCACCACCACCAACAACAGCAACAUUAUCAAGAACAAAACGAAUUAAAAAUCCAUCAUUAACGGGCGAUUGUCCAUCACCAAGACGAUCAGGUCGUUAUCGAAAAAAAUUAACACCUCCUGUUCGUCCACCAUUAGGUUAUUCUAAACCACCACGAACUGAGUAUUCGAGUAACAGUGAUAUAUCAAAUGAUGGACAUGAUUUUGAUCAUUCACCAAUAUAUCCAGCUGGAUCCCGUCCUGUAGCUGAUGCUAUUUUAUCAACAUCGUCAAGUAAUGAUGAAGAUGAUGAUUUUUCAUAUGUUGCUGAUCAAAUAAGUUUAACAUCAACAAAUACAACAACAGAUUGUCAACAACAACAAAAUGAAUUAAAUUUAUUUGUACGAAAACAUUAUCCAUCAAUUUCAUCAACAACACAUUCAACUGUUAAUAGUACAUUAACAUCAUCAUCUGUUGGAACGAAUAUUCCACCACCUAUUCCAAAUAAAAUUACUCGACUUUAA